AGGAAGCUUCACUGUUUUCCUUACUUUGCAUCUCCAAUGGCCGACUUUGUUUACUUUCAUUGGCUUGGGCAUGUUUGAAUUUCUCAACACUUGUUCACCUCCACUGACUAUAAAAUACCUUCUCCUAUCCGUUGUCCAAUAUACCAAAUUAAUCCAAUACUUCAACUAAUCCAAAACAUAAAUCUUUCUAGUAAUGGAGGUGUUUUCUCAUAACAAAACACCCCUUUUCUUUCUUGUGUUGUUUGCCUCUUUGAUCACAUUGGCACUUGGCCAAACCCGAGUAGGCUUCUAUCAGACCUCAUGCCCAAGAGUUGAAGCCAUAGUGCAGUCUGCUGUCGCAGCUGCUAAUCGGGCCAACCCAGGAGUCCCACCCGGUUUGGUUAGAAUGUUUUUUCACGAUUGCUUUGUUAAUGGCUGUGACGCCUCUAUCCUAAUUAAUGGUGAUGGUAGUGAGAGAACUGCUCCACCCAAUACUCUACUGAGAGGCUACGAGAUAAUCGAUGCUGCAAAGACCCAGCUUGAAACCGAAUGUCCUGGAGUGGUCUCCUGUGCUGAUAUUCUUGCUAUCGCUGCUCGUGAUUCUGUGCUCCUGGCUGGGGGAAUUGCGCGUUGGCAAGUGCCAUUAGGUCGGAGAGAUGGAUUGGUGUCACGUGCAGCUGAUACUACAAAUCUGCCUGCUUUCAAUGACGCCGUUGAUGUCCAAAUCAGGAAGUUUGCUGAGAAAGGUCUUAACACCCAAGAUCUUGUUACCCUUUCUGGAGCACAUACACUUGGAACAGGAGCGUGUUUAGUGUUCAGUUACAGGCUAUACAAUUUCAACAACACCAAUGGUCCCGACCCGUGUAUUGACCCUGCAUUCCUUACCACGCUCAGAAAUCUGUGCCCCAACGGAGGUGAUAGUAGAAGGCGUGUGGCUCUUGAUACUGGUAGUGAAAAUAGAUUUGAUACUUCGUACUUUGCAAACUUGAGGAGCGGGAGAGGAGUACUUGAAUCUGACCAAGUACUGUGGGGAAACCCUACAACACGAACACUUGCACAACGGUUUCUUGGAGUUAGUGGACUAGUUGGAUUGACCUUCAAUGUUGAGUUUGCGAGAUCAAUGGUGAGGAUGGGUAAUAUUGAGGUGAAAACUGGAACUCAAGGAGAAAUUCGUAGGGUUUGCAGUGCAUUUAAUUGAUCAAUGUUAGAUCUAAUUGAGAAUCUGGUCAAUUUUGUUUGGAUUAAGUGUUAAUACUUAAUAUAUUGUGUCUCUUUAGUAAUAUUUUGUGAUACUUCCACUACGUGCCUCUUGUUAUUGUAAUAUCUUUUUUUUUUUUCUAAUAAAAAGAAUAUUUUUAAUCUUAUAUGUCAUGAAUUAGAAUCCAUUAAUAAUAUUCUAAUAAAAGGAAUAUGUUUAAGUGUCAUGAAUUAGAAUCCAUUAUUAAUGUUAUAUAUAUCA